GAAGGAGAUUUAUAUAGUUUUAAAAAAUGGAGGUUCAAAGGCUACAAGAAUUAUUGUGGUUAUUUUCAAAAUUGCAAAGUAAUCGUGUUGCCCUCGUGGGUGGAAACCACACCGCUGCCAGGUUUUGCACUCGCUAAAAUUCUUGCAAAUCCAAGCUCUC